GGGCGGGCGGCGGAGCGGAGCCGCCUGGCGCGGGGCGGCCGGGGAGCGCUCGCCGGAGGCGGCCGAGGCCCUUCGGCGGAGCGAGGACCAGCGGGAACAAGUGAUACCAUGCUAUUUUGUUCCUGCCUGAGCUGUAGCCCAAAAUGGCAUUGUGAGAGCGAGCUGGAGAUGGUGGACCACCUUGCAAACACUGAGAUCAACAGUCAGCGCAUUGCUGCUGUGGAAAACUGCUUUGGGGCUUCCGGACAGCCCUUAGCCGUGCCGGGAAGGGUCCUUCUAGGAGAAGGGAUUUUAACCAAAGAAUGCCGCAAGAAACCGAAGCCUCGCAUAUUCUUCCUUUUCAACGACAUCCUUGUCUACGGCAGCAUAGUCAUCAACAAAAGGAAGUACAAUUCCCAGCACAUCAUUCCCCUUGAAGAUGUCACUUUGGAGACGCUGCCAGACACCUUGCAGAUGAAGAACCGCUGGAUGAUUAAAACCUCCAAGAAGUCCUUUGUGGUUUCCGCGGCCUCCCUCACAGAAAGGAAGGAGUGGAUCAGCCAUCUGGAAGAGUGCAUCAGGCACCUGCUGACGAAGACAGGCCGGCAGCCCUCCACGGAGCAUGCAGCCCCCUGGAUCCCCGACAAGGCGACGGACAUCUGCAUGCGUUGCACACAGACCAAGUUCUCCACGCUCACCCGAAGGCACCACUGCCGCAAGUGCGGCUUUGUCGUCUGUGCAGACUGCUCCAGGCAGAGGUUCCUGAUGCCCCGACUGUCCCCCAAGCCCCUGAGGGUGUGCAACCUGUGCUACAGGCAGCUGCUGGCAGAAAAGAAGAAGGAAGUGGAGGCAGAUCGCAGGCAGCUGGAGCCGAUCUGCUCUGCCAUCCCGGGCUACGAACCCUCCAGUGGUGAUGACAGCGACAAGUCUGACGACGACAAAGCUGACCAGUGGCCAGCAGACACAGCGUUUUAUACGUCAGAAGUAUCUUGGUCAUCUUUCCAUAGCUGACCUCCUUGGGAGUCAGUGGCAUUUAGACAUUAGGAAGCCAACUUCUGGCCUCCACUGCCUGUCCUUCUUGAUGUUUUCUCUGGAGGCCGUGCCUAGGAAGGUGGGUCUUGGCCCAGGUGUGUGGUGUCUGCUUGGGGAGCAGAGAUGGGCUUACCCCUCUGAGAACGUGUCUCAUACAAUGCGAGCACAGAGAGCAACAGCUCAGUGAAGAGCACGGACUGGGGCAGAGACCUGCGGAUCAGCCUUGGCCAAACGAGCUCACCCUUCAGUGCCUUAGUCUUUCCAUCUGCAAAAACAGAGCAAUACGAACUUCUUUUCUCAGAUGCUUUGAGAUGGGCUCUUGGGAGAACAAGGAGCAAGAAAUCCUGGAGUUAAACAUGCUUGCCUGCUAGCGGUGUGUUCCUCUGUCAUGGCAAGAGGCACUCUGGAUGCUGUUUUCCAUGAGCACGGCAUCUACAUCAGAGAUUGUCAUUGCAAGCGUGCCAGCCUGGGGGCACAGCCACUCAUCCCUGCAUGGUAAAGUCGGCACAGGCUUCCCUUUCUGCACCCAGGUCUCUCAACUUUGGAAACACUACGGGAAUGGUGCUCAGAAUGCAGGGAGCUCAUACGAGGCUCAGUGUGAGCAGCCUUAGCAAAGCACUGGAGCAUCCAGCGCUCUCGCGUGGAAAGAGGCCAUUU